UCCCCCUUGCUGUACGUGAUGAUCAGGGGCAAGUCCCUGGUGCCCUGGGACAAUGUCGAUGUACCCUUGCUGCCUGUUUUCGCGCUGGUCGCCAGCGGGUCUUCUUGGGUCGGCAGUUCACUCUAUCACUUGUUCAUGAAUUACAACCAUGAUCCGAGAUGGUACAAGCGGUUGCUCACCUUCGACAUGAUCGGCAUUUGGGUGACGCAAAGUUUUGGACGUCUGGACUAUGCCUGUAAUUCGCAUAACAUCAUGCAUGUCCUUGUUGUUGCUGGUUUAUUUUUCAUGGUAUCCGCUACUGGAGCGGACUUGCUUUGGAUGUCGACGAAUGAUCCGGGAAAUUGUGCCUGGGCAUGAAGAACUCCGACUGAAAUUCAACGAAAAGUUUCCCUGGUUAUCAUCACGAAGUUGUAUUUUGGCAUUCACACCAAAUACCAGAUUUUGGGUGUUUUUGCGAAACUCGUAUUCAGGUGACUCACGUAUUGGUGCCAGCGCCUACGAAAAUUCUCAAAAAGAAAGGUCAGGGAGUUAUUUCAAAAAUUGAAAGACACCUUGAUCCCAGGUCUCACUAAAAACGGUUCCAUUCCCCCUUUUUUUAAAUUUGAAAAUUGAAAGAAAAGUUGAAUUACUGCAGAAUUUUCAGGGGGUGUUCCAAAAGUUCAAUACAUGCUACUUGUCCUCUCUAGAGUACUCAAAGGGCUAUGAAACAAAUUUCAAUACCCAUCUUUUCCCCAAAAUUUGAGACUUCUUUGAAUUAGAAUAGAAUUUUUGCAGUUUCUUUCUAGAAGAAAAGAUGCAUACUUUCUGAUCACUAUUCAGCGUGAAAACAGUCCAAAGAGGAAUUUCAAGGGUUGCAAUUUAUGCAUUGGAACAAAAGAGUGAAACAAUUUAUUCACGCAUCUCACUCGAGGCUUUAUUUCCACGCGGAAGAAGCGGGCAUUUUUUUUGUGCAUUGGUGAGCCUGUUGUUUUGGGCAAAUAUUGAAUCAUUCCGUGAUAUUCAUCUGGUUCUUUUUUUUUUUGGUAGAGUGAUGACAAUUUGACAGUUGACAAGGUUGUUUCUUUUUUUUUCUUGAGCGGAAGAAAACCAAAUAAAUCGGAAACGGAAGUUUUUGGGGAAUA